AUGAGCAAGCUGCAGUUCAGCCGGCCCGCGCGGCGGCAGCCGCUGGUGAUGCUGUCCCUGCUGCUCAACAUGCUGCUGUUGGGAGGCAGCAUGGUCUGGUGGUCUGGCGGGGGCCUGCUGCUGGGCUCUCCGCAGCAGCAGGGCGGCGGCGGGGGGCAGGUUCGCGGCGCCGCCGGCUUUGAGCGCUGCGAGCGCGGUGAGCUGGAUGAGGCGAAGCUGAAUGAGUGGGGCUGCAAGAUGUUCCACAAGGCCUGCUUCGACCAGGAGAACCUGCUGCUGCACAGCGGGCAGAAGACCCCAGACCAUCCCAACUUUACCCACGACGAGCUGUUCAAGACCUACCCCGUCCCCGCCUACGUGCUGCCGGGAUACGAGGAGCCGCUGGGCACGCCGCACUACACGCCUAAGUGCUGGGACAUCGACAUCCGGGGGCCCACCCCUUACGACCCGCCAGAUGUGUGGCAGCCUGCAGAGUUCACCAACUGCACGGUACCGCUGGUGUGGUGGGUCACCUACUUCUCCGUGUUUGGCGACCUGUACAUCGGCGGCGCGCUGGCGCUGGACAUGAUGCAGCAGCAGGGCGCCUUUGACAGGAACGUCACCCUGGCUCCCUUCUCGAUGGGCAUGGACCUGCCGCCCUGGUACCAGUCGCUGCUGGACCCCUUCACAGCGCACAAGGUCCAGUGCCUGUCCUCCCUCUCCUCCCGCGAGCACAUCCGCACCGGCCAGCCGCGCUGCUUCGAGCGCGCUCUGCUGUGCAACCUGGUGGGCAUGUACACAGCCAGCGGUGGGCACCACUGGGGACAGCUGAGGCCCAAGGUCACGGGGCGGCGGACGGUGGAGCACUACCGCCGCAAGUACCCCGAGCGCUUCCUGGUGCACGAGAAGCUGGCGGAAGCCGAGAACGGCACGGUGUUCCGCGUCGCCUUCCAGCCCCGCACCCGGCUGCGAACCAUUGUGAACCUGGAUGCGGUGGUCAAGGAGUGCAAGCAGUGGAAGCCGCCGGCGGACACCAGGUUCAAGAGCGUGGACUGCGUGCUGCUGCCAGACGGCACCCCUGACAACUUUCCAGACCUGCUGGCGCAAGUGCAGAACGUGCACGCGCUGGUCAACACCCACGGCUCCGGCAACAACUUCGCCUUCUUCAUGCCCAACGGAUCCGCGCUGGUGGAGGUGCUGCCCUGGAACUUCCACGGCAAGGGCUGCACCUGGGCGGACCAAUACUUCAGCGACUGGUACGCGAUCGACCACAGCGUGAACAGCGGCUACUUCAGGCUGGUGGCCGACCGCAACCACACCUUCACCGGCGUCUACGAGAAGGAGAAGCGGGGCUCCUCUGUGGCUUACACCCGCGACCAGGACGUCGCCCUGGACUUCCCCACGCUGGCGCUGGCGCUGGAGAGGGUUGCGCGGGGCGAGCUGGAGAGCAAUUACGCCAACCACGACGCCCGCACUUUCUUCAUGACUCGCCGCGACCUCUGCCCCACCAGCUUCCAGUUCAAGCAGGAGGAGGAGGCGAGGAAGAAGGAGGAGGAGGAGGCGAGGCAGAAGCAGCAGGCGGAGGCGGACAACAGGCAGGCGGCGGGAGAGGCGGUGGUGGUGGCACGUGCCGAAGACGACGCGGCGGCGGCGGCGGCAAAGGAGAAGGAAGCGGCACAGGCCGCAGCCGCUGAGGAGGAGGCGGCAGCAGCGGCCACGGCGGCGGCAGGGGCAGGGGCCGCGGCAGGGGAGGCCUUGGACGAGCCAGGCAGAGCCCCCAGCCGCACCAAGGUCUCUUGA